CCUGGUGCGUUGGUUUAAAAUUCAAUUCGGAGAACCCAUCAAACGUGUACAAAAUUUCAAUUUAUUUGCAUAUUCAUGUGGAUACUAAAAAUAAACAAAUAAAUAAUUAAAGAAUAGAUUUUCAUAGUAAGAAAACUUCUAUGAGAUGUCGCAACUAAUGGAUAGCAAUGAUGAAGAGUUUGAAGCUUUGCGAAAUGAUCGCAGUCCCCGAGUGGUAAGCGGCCUUGACAGACCGUAUAAACACAAACCGUUAGGGGAACAAAAUCGUGCAUUAAAACGUCAAGCGAUUAUGGUAAUUUUGGGAAACUUGGGAGUAAUGUCGACGGGUAUGGCACUCGGUCUGCCAACGAUCACAAAUAAUCCCAUGACAGAUAAAACCCAGGGCAUAUAUUUGAGUGAUUCAGAAUUUUCUUGGUUUGCAUCGUUCAAUUUAUUUGCUGCCCCCUUUGGUGGUUUACUUUCCGGUCUAUUGUUGGAUAAAUUUGGACGUAAAAAUACAAUUUACGUAAUGAAUAUUUUAGCUUUGCUAUCGUGGGCUCUCUUGGCAUCGGCUAGCUCCGACAAUCAGAAAACAAUGUUUAUUCAAUUAAUGGUAUCACGAAUUUUAGUUGGACUUUCAAGCGGUCUUUCUAGUGCACCGGUAGGCGUAUACUCAGCUGAAAUUAGCACUCCCAAAAUAAGAGGACGUUUAAUACUGGGCACCUCAAUAUCUGUUGCUCUGGGUAUAACUCUAAUCUAUGGCUUGGGAUAUUUCAUUCGUGACGAUUGGCGAUUAAUAGCCCUGAUCUGUUGUGCAUUUCAAAUAAUUACCGUAUUGUGUGUCAUACCAAUGCCGGAAUCACCCAGCUGGCUGAUAUCGAAAUCUCGUUUGGCUGAAGCUAGGAAAUCAAUUAAUUAUUUCAGAGGAUUGGAUAAAAAACCCGUCAUAACACACCCUGAAAUUUUAACGGAAUUUAAUCUCUUACAAAAGAAUAUUCAAUUGGCGGAGGGAGAGAAGAAAACAUCAUUUGUCAAGUCACUCAAACUGCCUGAAGUCUAUAAGCCCCUCUUAAUACUGAUGGGUCUAUUUUCAUUUCAACAGUUGACGGGCAUUUUUGUAGUCAUUGUGUACGCUGUGCAGAUAUCCACCGAAGCUGGUGUCACCAUCGAUCCCUUCAUGUGUGCCAUAAUGAUUGGUUUGGCCCGCGUUCUAACCACCUGUCCCAUGGGCUACAUCUUGGAGAAAUGGGGACGCCGUCGUUCUGGUUUAAUUUCAGCUAUUGGUAUGACUAUGUGUAUGAUUCUAUUGUCACUACACGAACAACCAUGGCUUAAAAUAAUUCCCUACUUGCCGGUCGUAGCUAUAGUUGCAUUUAUAAUCCUUAGUACACUUGGUUUGUACACUCUGCCAUUCUUUAUGAUUUCCGAGUUAUUUCCUCAAAACGUAAGAGGUCCUGCUUCGGGUCUAACAAUAGCGUUUGGUACGUUUGUAUCAUUUGUGUGCACUAAAACGUAUCCCUCCCUAAAGGAUGUCAUUGGCAAAGAAUUUUGCUUCGUCAUGUAUGCUGGUUUCGCGUUUUUGGCAGUGAUCUUUAUUUAUAUUUGGCUGCCGGAAACUAGAGGUCGUACUCUCUUACAAAUCGAAGAAGAAUUUAAACAUGGAAAACGCUCAAGAAAACCAGCAGAACCCGUGGAAAUGGCUGAAAUUUAUGUUAAGAUUAUGUCAUCAAAUCAUAGUGAUAAGAUUAAAUUCCAAAAUGUCAAUACAAAACAUAACACACCCAUGCUGUCGAAGGGUCUCAAUAGGACCAUUAAGGAGAAACCAUUGGGUGAGCGGCGCAAGGCGGUAUUACGUCAGGAAUUAAUGGUAUUCCUCGGUAACACCGGAGUAAUGGGUGCUGGUAUGGCAGUGGCUUUACCCUCUGUCACUUUGGGCCAAUUAACUGAUGCAACGGAAGAUUUUCAUCUCUCAGAAGAGGAGGCCAGUUGGUUUUCCUCGAUUAAUACAAUGGCUUGUCCUCUCGGAGGUUUAUUGGUGGGAUAUCUAAUGGAUCGUGUGGGGCGAAAAAAAACAAUUGUUUUCACCGAUAUCUGUGGUGUUCUUGGCUGGGCAUUAUUGGCUACCGCUCCCUUGCACAAAGAGAGUUCAGCAAUUUUUACACAAAUAUUAAUAGCACGAUUCCUUUCAGGUAUUAUGAUUGGUCUGUGUGUGUCGCCAGUAGGAGUUUAUUCUGCCGAAAUAAGCUUGCCUAGAAUUAGAGGAAGACUGAUACUGGGAACUUCGAUAGGCAUAGCAGCUGGUAUAUUGUUCAUGUAUGUUCUUGGUUACUUUAUAAGGAGUGAUUGGCAGCUAAUAGCAAUAAUUUCGACCGUUUAUCAAGUUUUCUCCACCAUCUGUGCCUUGCCCAUGCCAGAAACACCGAGUUGGUUAAUGCAAAAGGGGUAUGCUGAAAAAGCCAGACGAUCUCUCAAAUAUUUUCGAGGUCUAAAUAAGAAUGAUGUUUCGUAUUGUGAGGAGUUUGAAAAUGAACUCAGCCAAAUCAAAAGAACGUCCGAAUUAAGCCGUAGCACAGCCGAAAGCGAAUCACUUCUGCAGGCUGUAAAAGCCCCCGAGGUUUAUAAACCUCUCUUGUUAAUGAUUGGUUUCUUUGGAUUUCAACAGUGCUCAGGAGUAGUAGUAGUGGUUGUGUACGCUGUUCAAAUAGCCACCCUUGCGGGUGUAUCCAUUGAUCCCAGAUUGUGUGCUGUAUUGGUAGGAGUAGCGCGCAUUAUCACCACAUUCUUUAUGAGCACAAUAUUUGAACGUUGGGGUCGUAAGCCUGCAGGAGUGAUCUCCGCUGCCGGUAUGACAAUUUGUAUGUUCUUGUUGGCGGCAUCUGGCUGGUUCCCAGAGGAAUUCCAAAAAGUCUCUAUUCUACCAGCUAUAUGUAUUGUGCUGCACAUAGUCUUCUCAACCAUGGGCCUACUUACUCUGCCCUUCUUCAUGAUCUCCGAGGUGUUUCCACAACGUGUGCGUGGUAGCGCUUCCGGCUUCUCAGUGAGUUGUGGCUUACUUAUAUCAUUUGCUGUCAUCAAACUGUAUCCUGCCAUGGAGUCCGCCAUGGGCACUGCUAAUCUGUUUGCCUUUUACGGAGUUAUAUCGUUAGUGGCUGUGCCUUUUAUAUUUUUCCUUAUACCUGAGACCAAAGGGCGAACCCUACUCGAAAUUGAAGAAUAUUUUAAAACUGGUCGCAUGGCAGCGACCUCCGAAAUCAAUCUAAGUCAUAACACAAGCCUUAAAAACAACAACGAAAAUUCUGAUGAUGCUUUAGAAUCAUUUAUUAAACCCUAAAACCCACAUGGGUCCCAUACUCGAUUACUUACAGCGGCACAGUGCUACUUAUUGUCGUACUUAAAACUUGUCAAAUUAUUCCAAAGAUUUCUAAACUAAAACACUAAAAUGUAGUCAGUCUGUGAUUUAACCAAAUACAAAACGAACAUAAACUAUAUU